AUGAGUGAUCAGCCUCCUCAGCUCUUCACCUGGGAAGAGCAUCGGUACCCUGAAACCAUUGUACGACGGUGGAACCCUUCGGUGUUCAACAAUGUCGCCCCUGUCGCCGUGCAUCCGGUCACUGGCACGAUUGUCGGCCAGCAAGUUGAGCUGUGCAUCGACUUCCACAGCAACCAACGUCAAUGCCAACAGAUCAUCGACAGAGUGCUCCCGGUGCUCGAGGCAGCACAAGAUAGAUUCCGUGAAGAGACACCAUCGGUUUGGACUCCGUUACGCAUCGGAAUCGGACAAGCCAUCGCCGCCGCGGAGAGAAUGGGAAACAGGUUGAGGGCAAUGCACUGGGCCAGUGAGGCGUGGGCGAGUACCUUGACUCCAGCGCAGAGAGACGAAGUCUCGCAUAGGGCAGCGCAGGCCAUUGUCGGACCCUUGGGACGUGUCUAG